GUGUCUCGCCUGGUAGGCAGGUCGCCUUGCUGUUGGCGGAGAUGCGGUUGACGCGGUGACGUAGCAUGUUUGCGCGGCCACGCCCCCAGUCAGGCAAUCAGUCAGUCGGUGCUCUCUGUGCUGGGAGGCUUGCCUCAGUCUGCUCGGUCCCCGUGCCCGGUCUGGUCAGCGUCAGUACUCCGCUUCCCUUGACAGGCCCCAGACUCCCUUCUCCAACCAUGCCGGACCGCAGACCCUUCGAGCGGCUCCCCACCGACGUGAGGCCCGUCAACUACGGGCUGUGCCUGAAGCCCGAUCUCAUAGACUUCACCUUCGAGGGGAAGCUGGAGGCCGCUGUGGAGGUGAAAAAUGCCACCAAUCAAAUAGUGAUGAAUUGUGCUGACAUUGAUAUCAUUACUGCCUCAUAUGCUCUGGAUGGAGAUGAAGAAAUUCAUGCCACUGGGUUUAACUAUCAGAAUGAAGAUGAAAAAGUGACUCUCUCAUUCCCCAGCACUUUGCAUAAGGGCCUUGGAGUGUUGAAGAUUGAUUUUGUUGGGGAGCUGAAUGAUAAAAUGAAAGGUUUCUAUCGAAGUAAAUACACCACCGCUUCUGGGGAGGUGCGCUAUGCUGCAGUCACUCAGUUUGAGGCCACAGAUGCACGGAGAGCUUUCCCCUGCUGGGAUGAGCCUGCAAUCAAAGCAACCUUUGAUGUUAUUCUGAUUGUCCCUAAGGACAGAGUAGCUUUAUCAAACAUGAAUCUUAUUGAGCGCAAGCCAUACCCUGAUGAUGACAGCUUGGUGGAGGUGAAGUUUGCACGCAGCCCUGUAAUGUCAACCUACCUUGUGGCCUUUGUGGUGGGAGAGUAUGACUUUGUGGAAACUCGCUCUGCUGACGGUGUGCUGGUUCGUGUUUAUACUCCAGUUGGCAAAGCUGAGCAGGGAAAGUUUGCCUUGGAGGUUGCUGCUAAAACUCUGCCUUUCUAUAAGGAUUACUUCAAUGUGCCCUACCCUCUUCCCAAGAUUGAUCUCAUCGCCAUUGCAGACUUUGCAGCUGGAGCCAUGGAAAACUGGGGAUUGGUUACUUACAGGGAAACAGCUCUGCUUAUUGAUCCCAAGAACUCAUGCUCUUCCUCUCGCCAGUGGGUGGCAUUAGUUGUGGGGCACGAACUGGCACACCAGUGGUUUGGGAACCUUGUCACUAUGGAAUGGUGGACCCAUUUGUGGCUGAACGAAGGCUUUGCAUCCUGGAUUGAAUAUCUGUGUGUGGAUCACUGCUUCCCGGAGUAUGACAUAUGGACACAGUUUGUUUCUGCAGAUUACACUCGAGCUCAAGAACUUGAUGCACUGGAAAAUAGCCAUCCAAUUGAGGUUAAUGUGGGACAUCCCUCUGAAGUGGAUGAAAUAUUUGAUGCAAUAUCCUACAGCAAAGGAGCAUCUGUAAUCCGUAUGCUGCAUGAUUACAUUGGUGAUGAGGACUUUCGAAAGGGCAUGAACCAAUACCUCACCAAAUUCCAGGAAAAGAAUGCUGCUACAGAGGACCUAUGGGAGUGUCUUGAGCACGCCAGUGGGAAGCCAAUUGCUGCUGUAAUGAAUACAUGGACCAAGCAGAUGGGUUUCCCAUUAAUCUAUGUGGAGUCAGAGCAGAAAGAAGACUCGCGGAUCUUAAAGCUGUCUCAAAAGAAGUUCUGUGCCAGUGGGCCGCAGCAUGGUGAGGAGUGUCCUCAGUGGAUGGUACCGAUCAGCAUCUGCACCAGUGAAUCCCCGGCCACCGCUAAAUUAAGAUUACUUAUGGACAAGCCUGAGACAGUUGUGCUAGAAGGAGUCACUUCAGACCAGUGGGUUAAGCUGAACCCGGGGACUGUUGGUUUCUACCGCACCCAAUACAGCCCUGAUAUGCUGGACAGCUUGUUACCUGGGAUUAGAGAUCGUUCACUUCAGCCUGUGGACAGGCUUGGACUGCAGAAUGAUCUAUUUUCCCUGGCCCGAGCAGGCAUCAUCAGCACGGUUGAAGUCCUUAAAGUCAUGGAGGCCUUUGUGAAUGAACCUAAUUAUACUGUAUGGAGCGACUUGAGCUGUAAUCUAGGGAUCCUGUCCACACUCUUAUCUCACACAGAGUUCCAUGAGGAGAUUCAAGGUUUCAUCAGAGAUGUCUUCUCCCCCAUUGGACAACGCUUGGGCUGGGAUCCCAAGCCUGGGGAGGGACACUUGGAUGCUUUGCUCAGGGGGCUAGUUUUAGGAAAGCUGGGGAAGGCUGGCCACAAACCUACCUUGGAAGAAGCUCGUCGUAGGUUUAAGGACCAUGUAGAAGGAAGGAACACAUUGAGUGCUGACCUUCGGAGUCCGGUUUAUGUGACUGUACUGAAGCAUGGAGACAGCACAACUUUGGACACUAUGCUAAAGCUCCACAAAUUAGCUGACAUGCAAGAGGAAAAGAACCGUAUUGAGAGAGUUCUUGGAGCCAUCCCUUCCCAGGAUUUAAUCCAGAAAGUGCUCAGCUUUUCACUUUCGGAAGAUGUACGUCCUCAAGAUACAGUAUCUGUUAUCGGUGGGGUUGCCGGGGCUAGCAAACAAGGCAGAAAAUCUGCAUGGAACUUUGUAAAGGAAAAUUGGGAGGAAUUGUAUAACCGAUAUCAAGGUGGCUUCCUCAUCUCACGACUCAUAAAACUUUCUGUGGAUGGUUUUGCAAGUGAGAAAAUGGCUGCAGAAAUCAAGGCAUUCUUCGAUGCCCAUCCUGCUCCAUCUGCAGAGCGCACAGUACAGCAGUGUUGUGAAAACAUCUUGCUGAAUGCUGCCUGGCUGAAGAGAGAUGCUGAUGCCAUGCAUCAGUACCUAUUGCUGCGCAAGUCACCCUCAUCUUCCGUGUGAUCGUGGGAGACCAUUCCCAUCCGCCUGCUGUUUCAGCGCCCUGACAGGCUAGACCCUAGGCCCCCCCCCCCCCCACCAUGGGAGACCCUGUACCCAUCCUCCUAAUCCCUCAACAACCCCUUCCAGUGGGAGAGCUUGUGCAAAAACAAAAGCCCCUGCUCUGUCCCCAAUGAACUCCUUAGGGAUAUUAUUCAAUUUCUCAGUCAAUCUGUACAUAUGAUAGAAGUAGCAUCCAGCUGCUGACUGUGAAUCUCUCAGUCCCCUUAUGAAGGGUAUUCUGUCUGAGAGUAAACCAGAGAAGAGAGAUUUGUAUUGGCUCUGUGAGGUAGAAGUACAAGCCACCAGUGUAGAGGGUUAUCCGUAGGUAAGGGGGCCGCAACCAGACAAGUUAUCGCGGAGUGUGCAUUAGCCAAGGCCAUUUAUGAAAGGUGACUGGGUUCAAAAGGCCCUUUUUUUUGUUUACUUUGGUGAGGAGUUUCUCCCUCAUGUUUGGUCCUGAUACCUCUUGUAUUUUCCUGCAUUAAAAACUAACUGUUGGUUGCCUGUUGUCUGUUCUGGCAUUUAACCCCCUGUAGAAGUAUAUAAUCAGGGAGGUUUGUGUGUGCUCUCACACUAAUUUCCUGCCCUUACAGUGGCCUGGACCCUUACUCCAUUAGUACUGAAAAGGAUUGCAACGUGGCAGUCUGUUUGGUACUGGUGGGUUUUAUCCUUUCUGUAACCUUAUAUUCUUACAUGUGCUGAAGAAGAGUAAGGUGCAGGGACUGUGCUCCGUUGGUGUUUUCUCCCCUAUCUAUCCCAUAUCCUGAUUAAUUUCUAGGUUACCCAGAUUCUGGGUUUGUGCAGUCUAAUGGCAUAGUGGCAGGGCCAUGGGCCUUGGUUCUGAGACUUGCUUAACCAAGUCCUCUCUUUUGUGCUAUUGUUUUAAAACACAAAAUAAAGAAUUUAAAAAAAGGAAGAAAAAAAAAGAAACAAAAAAACAAACCACAGUUGGCGUUAAUAAAGAUAAAAUGUGAGUGUUAA